UUACAGCGAAAGAGAGAGAGCGAGAGCCCAAAACAACCAAAAUAAGUUACGUGAAAUUAUAAAUAAAAAAUAAGGAAAUAAACGUACAGCCGUCGACCAACCCAAGUACAACAAAGCAACGCUCCAAAAUCUGACAACACAUUUUAGUUUUUGCUCGUGCCAUGUGAGCAACUUCAAAUCGAAAUCGGAUCAGAAAGCAGUGUGUGCGGGUGUGCUAAUUAGCGGAAGACGGCAAUUUAUUACAAAAAAAAAAUACCCAUAAUCAACUUCUAAUUCAACACGAAAUCCAAAUUAAAUCGCCGUCGAAGUUUUGAACCGAAUGAAUGCGAAAAGUGCAAUAAAUCAAUGAAUUGUGGUGGAGAAAAGAAGAGGAGAGACGAAAGCAGCGCCCACAACAAAAACAAAGAGAGCAAGACUUAACGGGACACCCAAAACUUUAAGGCACUACGAGAUUUUCAUAAUAGUUCUAGUUUAAAUAGAUCGAAAAAUGGACGAGGUCUUCAGCCUGCACAUGGAGAAACUGGACGUUUACGACGUUCUCCUCUUGGCCGGCAUUCUCUCCGUGAUAAUUUUGAUCUGUAUUUAGUUUAUAUUCGAUUUAAAACCAUCAAAAUGCAGCAAGAAACGCAACGACGUAAAUGUUGUGGUGAAAUUACACGACAAACAGCUGUUCACUGGCCCUGGUAGUGUUGGAAAGCGCACCGCCUACACUGCCCAGCAAACAAACAUUUGGCGGUAUUAUAAUUCUGAUUGAGAAACUUAAAUUUAAAAUUCACCUAACAUAGCCUUAGAAUGUUAUUCAAAAACUGUCAACAUUUUGCUUGCUCAGACUUUUUAGGCACCUCGUUUAUUUUAUUAUUUAUCAACUGUUUAUACAAUUUAUUUGUAAAGACUGAUUUCUAGUACGUAGAUUGUAGUCUAAUGGAAUUAAAUUAAAUGAAAUGUAAUACGUAA